UAUUGCCAAUAUGGCAGCUCCCAUGAACAAUGUGUGUAAACCAUCAAGUGAGCGUUUACAUGUUAAUGCUACGAGCUUUCAGAAGAAAACAAGGAGUAAACUGAUCUCAAUUCCCGGGACGAGACCUUCGGUCCAAAAUGGACAACUCUUGGUUUCCACCGGUGUCACGUCGUUGGAUUAUCUGCUCGGUGGUGGGUUAGCUGUUGGGACAGUGCUUCUCAUUGAGGAGGACCGAUAUGACAGCUACUCCCGCAUGAUCUUAAAGUACUUUCUGGCAGAGGGAGUGGUGUGUCGCCAUGAACUUUUUGUGGCGACAGCUCAAGAAAGCCCUGAUGACAUCCUACAGGAGCUACCAGCCCCCAUUUUGGAUGAUGUUGCUGUUGCCAAACCUGUUGAGCAGCCCAGGCUGAGUGGUGAACCCCAGGACAGUUUGGAUGCCAUGAAGAUUGCCUGGCGCUACCAGAAUCUCCCUAAAGUGCAGAGUGCUUUGGCAUCUUCGUCUCGUUUUGGACACUACUACGAUGUCUCAAAGACGAUGGAGGAGGAAAUUCGCCAAGCGGCCACGUUUCACCGCUUCUACCUUCCAGAUCACGUCACCCCUUCAUCAGAGGCACACAGGGUUGAGUCAUACUCUGCCUUACUGAAGUCACUGCAAGAGGUCAUUCAGAGAGAGGGCUUUGAUUUGGCGACCCCAAUGUCAAAGUCACGUAACAUCCUGCGUGUCGGGCUUCACUCUCUGGGCUCGGCUCUGUGGGGGGACGACCUUUGUUGCCAUGACAAACCUAGCAACAGCCACGCCCUGACCACCUUUCUGUAUGGACUUCGUGCGUUACUGAGGUCUUCGCUGUCAGUUGCCGUGGUAACCUUACCCUCUCAUCUCAUCCAGGAUAGAGCUCUAAUGGGCAGCAUAACCCGGCUGUGUGACAAUGCCAUCGCCCUGGAAUCAUUCAAAGGCUCUGAGAGAGAGACCAACCCUCUCUACAAAGACUACCAUGGCUUGCUGUACGUACGCCAGGUGCCUCACCUGAACUGUCUGGCAAGCCAGCUCCCUGACCACAAGGACCUGGCCUUUAAGCUCAAGAGGAAACAGUUUAGUAUUGAGCGAUUGCAUUUGCCUCCGGACUUGUCCGAGACAGUGAGUCGUGUCAGCAGGGGGGAGCUUGCAGGAGUAGCUUCUGCCUGUGGCUCCAGUGCUUCUGGCAACAAAAACCUGGACUUUUGACAGGAAACCAAAGACUGGAAUGGUGUGGCCGUUGCCCUCUUUGCAGCGGCGUCAGGGGUGUUGCAUCGUUCAGGUGAUGUCAACCACAAUCAAGCAGCAAGCUGUUACCACCUGCCAACCAACCCAGCGAGAGGUGAAGAUCUAAACAUCAACAGCUUCUCUGGUCAUCAUAAACCAUCAUUUGCAGUCAUUUUCAUGCAAAUCUAUUUAGUUGUCAUAAUUUUGUUUAAAUAUUAAGGCGCAGUCCUUCAAACUGUCAGAAGGUUUCAUUAAAAGUUAACUUUAUUUUUUUUUUCUCUUUUGUUACCCAUACAAAUAAAACAUUUGUGAACCUAGCUG